AUGGCAAACGACUUGAUCACCUACCUCCUGGAUGUCAGGCCUUUCAGCAGCUUCCUGCUCAUCGGCAUCGGCAUCAUCACCUUGGUGUUCGCACGAUGGGCCUUGAUUCGACCCAAACCAGUACCCGGAAUUCCUGUUGUACUGGCAGCACCGAAGGGAUGGCGUGGUCUGGGCGAACAGAACGCAUUUAUACAGCAUGCUCGGACUAUACUGAAACAAGGCCUUCGCGAAUGUACGGGAUGUUUCCAGGUCUGGACCAGCUCGGGAUACAAGGUCGUCGUGCCAAAUCGCUUCGCGGACGAGUUGAAAUCGCAUCCUGAUCUGAGCUUCAACGAGGCAUUCCAGGAACCCUUCUUUCACUUGCCGGGCUUCGAGGACCAAUAUCAAGCGCUGCAGAACGAUUGGUUCAUCCAAGAUGUCGUUCGCAUAAAGCUCACUCAGAGUCUCGCGCUGGUCACCGAUGCCCUCGUCGAAGAAGCGAUAUUCAGCAGUCACAGCUACCUUGGCGACAGUAUGUCCUGGAGCACGAUUAGACCAAAAUUUUUCGUUUUGGAUGCAGUCAGUCGGCUUUCUUCCGUGGUGUUCCUGGGAAAGAAAUUGGCGAGAGACAAAUCAUGGCUUCAAAUCGCCAAGGACCACACCGUCGACUCGUUUGCAGCACAGGAUAUUCUUCGCGCCGUGCAUCCGCUCCUCCGGUGGCCAACCUAUUACUUUGAUUUAACCUGCGUAAGACUGCGACAGCAGGUCAAGACGAGCAGAAAGCUCAUCGCUCCUGAGAUCGAAGCCAGACGAAAACGGGCUGUGGAAGCACAAAAAGAAGGACGCAAAUUUACAAAAGAGUCGGAUGCUAUUUCUUGGAUGGUCGAUAUUGCAAAGGACAUGCCCGUGGACUACACCGCGGCUCAGCUGGCACUGACCACCGCGGCGGUGCACACGACUUCAGAAACUAUCGCCAACUGUAUUCUACAGCUAUGCGAAGCUCCUGAAAUCGUUCCUGCACUCCGUGCAGAAAUUAUCGAUGUUCUCAACGAGAGAGGCUGGUCCAAGACCUCCUUGCCCAGACUCAAGCUUAUGGAUAGCUUUAUGAAAGAAGUGCAGAGGACGCACGCAAUGGCGAUGACGAGCAUGAAACGAAAGGUCAAGAAAUCCAUCACGCUGUCCGAUGGCACCCACCUUCCAGCAGGCAUCACAAUUAUGAUCAGCGAUGACAAGACCCACGACGGUGAAAUCUACUCCAACCCAGCAGAAUUCGACGCCGAACGCUUUCUCCAGCUGCGCCAACAGCCCGGCGAAGAGAACCGCCAUCAAUUCGUAACCACCACCGCCGAGCAUCUCAGUUUCGGCCAUGGUCAGCACGCAUGCCCUGGACGAUUCUUCGCAUCCAAUGAGAUCAAGAUUUUCUUGUGCGUGUUCCUCUUGAGCUACGACUGUCAGUUCGUGCCCGGCGAGAAGAGGAAAAAUGCUUUGGAGUUUGAGACCUCGAUGAUGGUCGACCCGACGACCGAGGUGCAGGUCAGGAAGAGGACGCCGGAGAUAGACUUGGUCAGCCCCACGGGAACAGCGCAGUCGUGA